CUUCUUCCUCCGUCCGAUUUUUUCACGCCGACAUUCCUUCCUCUCACGCAGCAACGACUACCUUCUAAAGAGGAAGCGAAAGUGACCGGAGAGAUCGACGGCCAGCUUUAGCCCCGAUCAUCUCCAUGAUGUAGUGUCGCGUGACCCCAUGGGGCUGGGCUGGAUCUGCCGCACAGAGUGCUUUGGCGAUGUUGAUCACGAUGAGCUCGCAGUGGCUGUUGGAGGCAAAAAGGAAGACGCCUCUGGAGGCAACGAGGAAGUAGAGGUCCUCGCCGAGGGCGCCGGCUAUGCUCGCGAAGGGGAUCUUGAAUGACCAGCCGAAGCUGUCAUUGAAUCGGCACAGUACGGAAUUCCUAGGGAGAUGCUGGUGCCUUGGAGAUGGAUCGAACAUGGAGAAGCUCCGAGAGGGCGAAGCUGAAGAAAAGAUCGUGGAGGAAGGAGCUCGAAGGGGAGAAGGAAGAGGCCGACGACAGUGACACCGCGUUCAGUGUCCCCGCUGCCAAUGUACUUGCAAAGAGUUCAAUAUUUACUAGAGAUCCAAGACAUCUUCAGUUUGAAGCUGACUUACAUCGUCUCUUUCUUUAUACCAGCUAUAAUCGUCUGGGAAAGAAUGCUGAUGAGAAUGACAUUGAAGAGAUCAUUGAUAUGGCAAACAAAGCCUCUGUUAAAGAUCGAUGGAUUCAAGUCCAAGAAAAUGUUCAUUUUCAAUUCAAAAACAUGUGCCAGGUCAUGGAUGAAAUUCUUCUUUCUGACACAAGAAGCAUAAAUGGUAAAUCUUGUUCAAGUUCAUCCUUCCAGAAUGGUCCUCUACAAAGUGAAUUGAGUUUUUCUGUCGGAAAAGGAACGCCUAAUAAUGAAUCUGUUGUUCCUGUUACACAGCCAAUGACACGCAAGGAAUUAUCUCAGGGUCUGAAGGAAUGCAUUGGCUAUACACUUGAUAUAAGACCAUCUGAAAUUCCUCAUGAGGAAGCUGGCCAAGGCUUGUUUCUUGAUGGUGAAGCUGAUGCUGGAUCUAUCAUAGGAUUUUACCCUGGGCUGAUAUAUUCACCAGCUUACCACCGGUUCAUUCCAGGCUAUCCCAUGGUUAAUGCUUCCAACACCUAUCUUAUUACAAGGUAUGAUAGAAUUAUGAUUGACGGACAAACUUGGGGCUGUGGUGGUGAAGCCCGAGAGUUGUGGGAUGGUAAUUCACAAUUCAAGGAGCAUCUCUCUGAAGAAUCCAAUAGAAGAUCUGAUGGGAUUUGGAGAAUUUUUAGUAAACCAGUCGAAGAUAACAACAUAGUAACCUAUGAGGAAGUACUUGAAAGGCGCAAUCCUCUAGCUUCUGCACAUUUUGCCAACCAUCCACCCAAAGGGGUAGCACCUAAUGUCAUGGUUUGCCCGUAUGAUUUUCCAUUGACUGAGAAAGACAUGAGAGUUUAUGUUCCUAACCUUGUUUUUGGACUCGAUCAAAGUGUCAAUAGGGAGAGAUUUGGCACUUCUUGGUUCAAAUCAGGAAAUGCUGAUGUUCAAUAUGGCAACUCUCCGGUAUUAAAAACAAUUGUACUUGUUGCUACAAGGGAUAUGUGCAAUGAAGAACUUUUCUUUAACUAUAUGUUGAACAACCAAAAGAAACAUCCAUCGUGGUAUACUCCAGUUGAGGUAGAAGAUCCUUGUUGAUGGGGAUAGUAACCAGGUCUUCAGUAACAUUUUAAAAAGUUGUUUGCAUAGUCUGCUGAUCUAGUUGCUCCUGUCAGUUAGGUAAUCAUGCCAAGAAGUUUGUUGCUGCAUUUUUUCUCAACAAAGUACAAGAGAUAGAAUUUAUUUCCAUUAUAUGAUGAUUUUCUGCAUUGUCAUAUCUAAACUGAGAAUUAUGAAGUUUUUGGCUAUUGCAAUAUGCAUCUAUAGUCAAACAUAUUUUUCUUGCCCUUUCGAUUUCAUAUUUUUAAAAUGUGACUCCUGUACUCCGUUAAAUUAAACAUAUUGUUGAAUUGGAAUAAAUGGUUGAAACUUGAAUAGCAUGUAAUACAUGUAUGCAUAAUUUACGUA